GUUGGUGGCACAAUGAAUAAGUUAAGUUUAGCUAUUCAAAAAUUUGAACAAGCAAUUCAAAUUAUUUUUGGUCGCGGUUUUCCUCCAAGGUCACUAUGCGCACUAGAUUGCAAUGGUUUCUUAAAUGAACCAAAAGCAGGAAACCGUUCCAGCAGUCUAAAAGAAAUUUUCGACAAUGGAUUUUUAUGGGCGGUUCCAACAAAAAGACGUAGUAUAGCUGAAAGACUUAAGAGAAGAUUUGGAAUAAUGAAAUAUGUAUGGAAGCCACCUAUUGCAAAAACUAAUCUAUUAUCAUGUGUGAAUUGCGGUUAUCAUUAUGAAGCUGGCCGUUUGUGCGGACAUUGCUAUGAAAAAGUAAAACUUGAGACUAAAGAAAUGCAAGACGCUAUUCAAAAGGAAUUGGGUUUAAAUCCAGUAGAACAGAAUGUAAUUGUAUUAUACGAUGGAGAGAAGGAUUCUAAAACAGAUAAAUUUUGGAAGAACCAAAGAAUAGUCGAGAUGCCAAAGAAAAGGCCCUCCUGGUUUCAUCACAAUUUACUGGAGCCAACAUCACAGGAAUCAUCGAACAAAAAAGAUGUUAAACCUACUAAUCUUGUGUAAAGUGCACUUGAAAUUUGAUUUUAAUAUUUUAUAGUCAGAAGCUUACAGACUAGAUUACAA